AUGUUGCCAUUGCUUCGGAGUCAUCCUUGGGAGGGAUUCUGUGCCAAGGAAAUGAUCAACUUCUGCGUUCGGAGUCAUCCUUGGGAGGGAUUCUGUGCACAAGGAAAUGAUCAACUUCUGCGAUCUUGUGACCACAUGAGGUGCAAUCAAAGUGCUCACCAGGAUAGGGCAUUUUCCUGUGUGGUCUCUGUAGCUGAUUUCGAUUGAGUUUUCUUCUUUUUGUCUGUCCUGGUGAUGUCUUCUCUGUAGACUUGGGAGGUGCCUUCUUGGAAGGUGCCUUCUUGCUUUUUGUAGCACUGGAUGAUGUCAUAUUGUUGGAUGCUUGGGAGACUGGUUUGGAGGGUGGUUUGCUGAUCCUUUUGGAUUUUGCUGUCCCUCUUUGUCUUUGCCUUGUGUGACUGCCAUCAUUGUUGCUAUCAUUGUUGCUCUGACGGUUGGUUCUUGGUCUAGUUCUUUGAGCCGCCAUGAUCUCUGCUGGGGUAUCGUUUCCUCCAUCAACAUACAAGUGGUCCAGAAAACUGAAUUUGUCUGGAUCCUGGGAGCAGUGCGUCCUGUCCAGUACUUCAUACAGAAGAGUAUCAACUGCAUAGAAUCGACCAGACCGAUCUCUUUGACCUUUGGCAGCUCUCUCACAGUACAUGUACCUAUGCUUCUUGCCAACACCCAUUCCGUCAUAGAAAAGGUACCCAUCGGGAGUCACCACAAAUGAUCUGAAGUGAUAGCGGUUGCACAAGAGCACCCCAGACUGGAGUACAAACCUUUUUGUCGCGGUAGCAGAAUUCAGUUGGCCACUGGUCAAUGAAUUUUCUUCUAUCGUUGAUAGUACCUGAUGGGUAGUACAUGAUCAUGGUAUGGGGCCAUUGGGAGAUCUCUGCCGAUUCCAUUUCACAUUUGCCAUUGCACUGCCUGUGAGAAAUGUUAUACUCAUGGUCGUCCUCGAACCAUUCAGUUAAGCAGACCCAGUCUUGCCUGAACUUCAAAUUGAAACUAUCAUGCAGUGGGUGGCGUCCUCUCAGCAACGUUGACUGAUUGUGACAACGUUCCGGUCUCGAGCCUCUCUUGACUCCCGGCAAACCUCUCAGACCAGAAAGUUUCACUACUGUCGAACAUGUCCAUCUGAGUGUCAUCCACGUGACUAGGGGUGAUAUCCAAGCAGUACAACUCCUCGACUGACAGUCUUCUGGCACUUUCAUUUUUGUUUUCAUCCGUCGGCUUGAAAAUUCUUGAAAGAAGACUUCCUGGGUCACUGAGCUCUGGGUACGGGCUUGACAGAUAACCAAGCUUGUAAGGGACGUACAUGCUUUCGAGGAAGGCAUCAAUUGGACAUGAAUUGUGGAUGUAUCCUGCGAUGCCCCAAAGACAGCCAAGUCGCAGACCAUAACAUUCAAGAACUCUUGCAAGUUCCUGUCUCUGUUGUUGCUCCAAGAGACUGAUUGUGCUUCUGCUUCCCUAGCGUUUUUUUUGCUUUGGGCUUUGGGAGUUCUUUUCCGCUUGGCUUCCUUUGAUCCAAAAAUGGAAGCAUUGGUGUCUUCACCUCUGCCAUCAAACUGUUGACAGGCCGGGAAAAACUGGGCUGCCCGCUUAGGGCUGAUGUGCCACUGCAGCCACUUAUUGCUGUUUGGAAACUUGUUCUGAAUCGACCUAACUGUGCUUUUGAAAGCAAAAAAGGGAAGGUCCUCCUCUUGUAACUUUCGAAUCAGUCGGUAGAAAUCCCUUUUGUCAUCUGGAGGAACAAUGGCACCAUUUCUGGCAAGUCUGGCUAGGGAUCGUUUGAAGUGAACUCUCCAUCCGGUGGUUGUUCCUCUUGCACGAUACAAGGGUUGCCGCCAGGAAGAUUCUUCUGUCUGCUAGUUGCCCGUUCUCCACCAAUGCACGGAAUCCACACCAAGGGACGGUCCGAGUGCAAGAGACAUGUUUUUCGGUCUGCUAGUUGCCCCUUCUCCACCAAUGCACGGAAUCCACACCAAGGGACGGUCCGAGUGCAAGAGACAUGUUUUUCGGU